AUGGUUGGCUCUAUCCUGCGACACGUUUGGUCCCCUCCAGCAAGGCGGAGCCUCCUCGCCGUCGUGGCGAGACCGGCGACAACAGCACCGAGGCCGGGCUCGAGACCACCAGCCUCACGCGCGAGCAGCACCAUCCUUCGUCAAGUUGCCUGCUUCUCGACCACGCCCGCCCGCUCCGCGACGCUCAACCAGGUGCUCCGUGGCAUCCGCAAGGGCAAGCGCGCCCGUCACGCCGUCUCGCCGGCGCUCUCCAACACACGCUGCCCCGCGCUCAAGGGCGUCUGCCUCCGCGUCGGUGUCGUACGCCCCAAGAAGCCCAACUCGGGCGAGCGAAAGACGGCUCGUGUCAAGCUCUCGACCGGCGCCGUCGUCACCGCCUACAUUCCCGGUGAAGGUCACAACAUUCAGCAACACAGCGUCGUCCUCGUCCGCGGCGGCAGGGCCCAGGAUUGCCCCGGUGUGCGGUAUCAUUUGGUCCGCGGCGCGCUGGAUUUGGUACGCACACCCAUGCUGCAUGCUUGCACCGCGUCGUUGACUGCCCGUCAAGCUGCUGCGUCCGAGGCUAACCGGGAAUAA